AAAAAUUCCUUUGUUUUCUCAAUUAACCUCUUUAUUUGUCAAGUUUCGGUAAUCUAAAUACCAAAUUUAUUGUGGAACAACUUACAUAUCAUUGCAUGAACCAUAUAAUUUUCAACAAUCGCAAAUCGCGGACUGAGAGCUUUAUUUUUUUUUUCUUUUUAUAAUCAAUAAUUGUUUUGACCCACAAUUCUAUUUCCCCUCGUUAUUGGCUUUAAUUUAUGGCAAGUACUAAAACAAUAACACGGAAGUCCCUUGGGAGAGGCGCAUUUAUUGGAUCCUUAUAUAAUGCAGCAAAUGAUAAAUUCUGCGGGACCACGAUAUUUAAGUCAAAGUAUCCAAAUGAUUCCAUAAAUAAGAUUAAUAUUCCACAUACUGAAAUUUUAUAUGAAUAUGAGAAUACAUAUAAGGAAAAGUUUAACAAAUUAGACGUCGGAGCUGAAUUAAAAUUAAGUGUUCUUACAGGAUUGAUUCCUUUAGAAGGUUCGGGAAAGUAUCUAAACGACGUAAAAAAUAGUCUUAGAUCCGUGAAGGGAACUUUAAUAUAUAAAAUAACUACAGUUGAUGAAAAUUUGGAUAUUCAUCGUGAUGAUGUUAGAGCUUGUAUUUCUACAGAUGGGUUUACUAAUAACCAAAAUGCUACUUACGUGGUGAUAGGAAUAAAGUGGGGAGCUGCUAUAAUGGCAUCAUUUGAAUAUAAUGGCACGAAUGAAGAAAAUAGAUCUCAUAUUGAAGGAGCCCGUUUCUCUGUAAAACUUCUUGGUGAUGUUGUUCUAAAUAAUAGGAAGCUUCCUCAAUCCUUUAAUGAAGCUAGGAAAGUAAUUGCUGAAUUUCCUUUAUCCAUCGAACAAUGCAAUGAUGGGAAAGGAGUUCCAAUUGAAUAUACUUUAUAUCCAUUGUCGGAACUUGCAACGCUGCUUGCUCAAAACGUCACAAUCGAUAGUAUGAUAACGGAAUUAAGUGAAGAAACUAUCCUAAGUGUAGAACGAGUUUUUGAUGAUUUGUCCGAAUCAAAACAAAAGCUCAACGACUUAUAUAAUGACGCACAAUCUACUUCUGAUUUCAUAAUGGACGGUGUUUUUGGUCAAAUUAGCGAUCGUGUACAAGAAGUUAGAAUAAACGAAGCAAAGUUUAGACGCGAACUUGCAGAAUGUCUUAUUAAAGUACGCUCUGAUAGUGAUAUUUUUAUACUCCUUGAUAAUGAUAAAUAUAUUGUUGAUAUUAAUACCUCUCCAGUGCAUAGUGCGUUUCAAGAACUUUACAGAACAGAUGAAGGGUCAAGAAAAUUCUUCAUAGCUAAUCUUAAAAUAUGUACCCAAAUAAAAUGUUCUAGUUAUCCAAUGAUUCGACAUUAUAUCAAUGGAAGACUAGAUGGUGACAAUUAUUAUGAGGAUAAUAAGAUAUUAUUCACAUCAAAUCUAAUUAAAUUUGAUCCUCUACCAAGUAUCAAGCCAAAAAAUAAUCCCAGCGAGAAGACAAAAUUAGUAAUAUGCUGUCCUCAUCAAGAUUGUUCAACUAUUGAUUGCAAUUGGAAAUGUUACAGAUGUAAAAAGGAUGUAGAUUACGGAUAUAAUAAACACUUAUACUGUGAAUGUGGUGAAAGCAAUAUUACUCAUUCUAAAUUUAAGUGUAAUAGUCCCCAUCACACAAAAGGAUACAUAUCUUUUGAGUUAAACAGACUUAACGAUUUGUUACCAUCUAGGAACAUAAUGACACUUCUUUUCAAACCUUUUGCAGAGAUAGAGCGUCUAAUUCAGAAUAUUAUCAUAUUAAUAAGAGAAAAACAAGAAAUAAAUAAUUCCAGCGGAACCAUAGAAGAACUUAAAGCAAUUAAAUUAAUAGGUGGAAAAUGCAAAGUUUGCGGCUGUCGUUGGAAUAGACAUAUGCAAGUUAUAUGA